AAAAAGUGAGAAAAUAGCAAAAGGAGUGACAGUUGUUUGAAGUCUCAUGUACGUUUAAGGCAUUUCUGUGUUGAAAAUUUUUUGAAUAUUUUAAUCUUUUUCAGAAUCACCUAAAAUGAAAACUACGUUGCUGUUUUUGGUAGUCAUCGGCUUAUUGGCGGUGAAUAUUCACUGCACUUCAAUGCCGAAGUGUGAUGGAACAUGUGACACAUCACGGUGCCCAGCCACUGGACCCUGUUCUUGCGGAACUUAUAAAGAUUACUGCAAUUGUUGCAGUUUCUGUCUGAAGUGCCCUGGAGAAGAAUGUAGCAUCAUAGCAUCCGAGAAAUGCGCGGAAAACUAUGCGUGCAAGCGAACUGCAAGUCGUUCUGAUCCCAAUUACUACAAUGCACCUGGUCGAUGUGUAGAAGAUACCGGUGCCGACAAGGAACAUUGAAUUUUGUCUAAUCAACAUGGCGAUAAUUUCCCACCAAGCAUUUUUUUGAUUUGUUAACCUUAAAAAGAAUAAAAGCCUUCGCAGGUAACGAAAAGGAGGCAAAAAAUUUGUUUCUGUACUUUUUAAAUUUUAACUUAAUAAAGUUUUUAUUUCUUUUGGUCA